AUGGGUGACGUCGGUUCGGUCCAUUCUCAUCUAUGCCAGGAGGGACUGUCUCAUUGGCUUGAGAAGAACCGCUUUGCCCACACCGACUUUUCAAUACGUGAACUAGCAGUGAUUGUCCGUGAAAAACAUGUGAAGAUUACUGUUUUGAUUCCCGCCAAGGAAGUUGCAGCUACUAUAGGCGACAUCAUUAAGAAAGCCGUUCGCCCAUUGGUCGAUGCUGGUGUUGUUCGUGAAGUUAUUGUGAUUGAUGCGGCAUCGGAAGAUGGGACUGCUAAAGUCGCGAAAGAAGCUGGUGCUCAGGUUCUCCAGCGGAUCGACAUUGCAACAGAGCUAGGUCCUAGCAAAGGGAAAGGCGACGCUCUUUGGAGAGGACUCCUUUCGACUGGAGGUGAUAUUGUUGCCUUUUUAGAUGGAGAUACUGAAGACCCCGUUCCAGCUCAUCUGGUGGGGAUUCUGGGGCCUCUAAUCAUGUUUGAUAACAUUCAGAUGGUACGAGCUUGUUUUGACCGCCCCUUCAAGGCACAGAAUGGCUGUGUUAGCCCACAUGACGGCGGGAGAGUGACAGAGCUUCUCGCUCGUCCAGUCUUGAACAGGCACUGGCCCGAGUUGGCUGGAUUUAGACAGCCACUUGCGGGCGAGUUUUCAGCCAGGCGGAGUCUCCUGGAAAAACUCCAUUUCCCCGUAGGAUAUGGGGUUGAGAUCGGAACCUUGAUUGAUGCAUACCGUCUUGUCGGUCUCAAUGCUCUUGCGGAAGUUGACAUUGGACAGAGACAAAAUGUCCAUAAGCAUCUUCGAGAUCUUACGAUCAUGGCAGGCACGAUACUAGGUACUGCAGAAAGGCGUGUUGGAAGAGAGAAACCCGGCACGGAAAGGAUGUUCAUACCCUGGUUGAAUGAUUAUCAGAAUAUUGACACGAUCGAACGACCGCCUAUCCAAAUUUACCGAACUGGUCAGGGGAAAUAUCCAAGUCCACCGUUUGUCAUUGUUGAAGGGGUUCGCAUGUUCCGCGAUAUCGGCGGUAGCCCUGUCUCAGGUCUACGAAAAGGUUUGAUCUUUCGCAGUGGCGACCCAUCGACCAUGACCCAGCUUGGUAUAGCGAGGCUAAUUGAGCUGGGAAUUGAAAGAAUCUACGAUCUACGAAGCCCUAUUGAGUUCGAAGGCCACCAUUCAGUCCAUGGAACGAGCCAUCAGUGUACUUUGGCAUCAGAAACCUCACCCAUAUACCCUGACCGAAUUCGUGAUUUUGGGAUCGAACGGGUGAUUGUCCCUGUAUUCGCAGAUGAAGAAUGGCACCAAGACCGACGAGACUCCCGUCUUCGCCAGUAUGCCUGUGCUACCGAGGUGGAUACUCGACUUGCCUAG